ACUUUGAGGAAACCACCUAUGGAGAGGAAUCGCACCUAUCAUAACAACUUGAUGGUUGGCUCUCUGCUAGAGAAUAUCAAAGAUGCAGACCCUAACCAGACUGCCCUCUACACCCGGGAUGAAGAUCUUGCAAAGGCUGAGAUUGGGGUCUUGGCUGCUAUCUUGGUGGUGACCUUGGUAGGAAACCUGGGGGUGCUCUUGGCCAUAUACCGGCUGAGGAAGAAGAUGACCCGCAUGAACCUUUUCAUCCUGCACCUCGGCCUGACAGACCUUGGAGUAGCACUCUUCCAGGUACUUCCCCAAAUGAUUUGGGACAUGACUUAUCGUUUCCAGGGUCCUGAUCCUCUUUGCAGGGCUGUCAAAUACUUGCAGGUGCUGAGCAUGUUUGCUUCCACCUACAUGCUCAUUGCCAUGACCCUAGAUCGCUACAUGGCUGUGUGUCACCCAUUGCGCACCCUACAGCAGUCCAGCUGCCAGGCUUACCUGAUGAUUGGGACGACUUGGUUGCUCAGCUGCUUGCUCAGCUUGCCACAGAUCUUCAUUUUUUCAGUGAGGGAGGUACGCCAAGGCUCUGGUGUGCUGGAUUGUUGGGCAGAUUUCAAAUACGCCUGGGGAGCCAAGGCCUACGUCACAUGGAUCACCUUAUGUGUCUUUGUGCUGCCGGUGGCAAUUUUGACUAUUUGCUACAGCCUCAUCUGCCACAAGAUCUGCAAGAAUCUCCGAGGAAAGACUCAAACUUGUCGUCUCUGUGCUGCUGCUACAUCUCAAGCUGCCAUGUCUCAGAAGGGAGCUGGGUGCCAUCCCGGCUCCCGGGUAAGUAGCGUGCGCACCAUCUCACGGGCAAAGAUCCGCACAGUGAAGAUGACCUUUGUCAUAGUCCUGGCUUACGUUGCCUGCUGGGCACCCUUCUUCAGUGUGCAGAUGUGGUCAGUGUGGGACAAGAAUGCACCAAAUGAUGAGUCCAGUGAUGUGAGUUUUACCAUCACCAUGUUGCUGGGCAGCCUCAGCAGCUGUUGCAAUCCAUGGAUUUACAUGUUCUUCAGUGGACAUCUGCUUCAUGAUAUUCUACACUAUUUUUCCUGCUGUGGGAGCCUCCAGUCCAACCUCAAGAGGCAAUUCUCCAAUGGGAGCCUCUGCAGCCGGAAAACCACUAUCUUGAUUCACACUCCCCAGAGCACCUUAUCAGCUACUGGGAUUCAGAUGCAACUGGGGAGCCUGAAAGAUUUCUACCAGCCUUAUGACAAUACAGUGACUGAAUCAGGAGUACUCUAGAAGAGUGGUGGUUAAUAGGUAGUGGUCACUGGCUGAUGAUUAUUGCAAGCUUGUAAUCUGGGAGUCUGACUAGUCUAGUUCCGGGUGUCAAACACAUGGCCUGGGGUCUAGAUCCAGCACCUUGAGAGGGUUCACCAGGCCCACAAGCCACUGAGGCAAUCCCCGCUCGCUCUUCACCCGGCCUAGCGAGCCCACUGUGGUCUUGCCAUUCCAGGUGUCCCCCCACACUCCCAAUCAGGUUUGGCAAGCCUGCUGAGGGCUCACCAGUCCAGGCAACCACCCACCGCACUCCUGAUCUGACCUGGUAAGACUGUAGUGGGUUUGCCAGCUGUGGCAGCCACUGCCAGUACUUCCUCCAGUGCCAUUUUGAGCUGGUGAGCCUACUACAGGCUCCUCACUCCUUAAGGUAGAGAAAAGUGGGGUAUGA